AUGCCCUUAAUUGACAUGGCAGAAGCGGUUAGCCGUGGGGAUAUUAUUGUUGAUGAAGUGGAUGCUCUAAAUAAAUAUGCUGGACGUUUUGGUGAGGAUCGAGGUCAGGCUCAUAACGCCCAAAGGCCACCAAAUUUUCCUAUUCCAUCUGUUAUGGAUGACUUCGAAGGUAAUAAUGUAAGGAAUAACAGCUUUAAUUGGAAUCAGGUUCUUGUUGAUGAGGUUGAUUUGGUUCGCGCAGCAGAGCAUGGAAGAGGGGAUUCUGGAGUGUCUGUUUCGGCUACAUCUCACGAAGUGCUGAGGGUAGGAGUAACUAUAUUAAACCUUCGAGCAAGUGUUGCGAUAGCGACAGUAUAUGCUUUAUUCAAUAUUGGAAUUAAUUCCGAAAGUCCAGAAAUUUUUUGGGGAUGCUUCAAAGGCAGUGACGGGUUCCGUCAUUUUAAAGGCAGAAUUACGUGUGGUUAUAAGUCGGGGAAGAAACUGGUAUUGGAAAUUAUAGCUGAGAUAGUGGGACCUGCUCCAAACGGCAAUGUCAACGGUGGAAGUGAGUCUGGUACAUGGGAGCGGUCACUCCUUGUGGAUGAAGUUGAUUACUUGGAAGCGGUUGAACACGGCAAAAUAAAAAACGAUGGUUCACACAUAAUGCGGCUUAGUUACGAGAGUAGAGUUCGAAGACCUAGUGGUGAUGAGGAACAGAUUCAGAACGGUGCGCAGCUUUUAGUAACGGAAAGCGAUGAUGACGUCCCGACUCACGACCCAUAG